GGAGGCUGUUUAAAAGCUAAUGGAGCUUCCCGAAGGUACCAGCGUGAAGGUAGAGAACACAAGCUUGAUAUUUAAUUCAUUAUUAAGCCGUUUACACUCGAACUCCACAGUGGCACGCAGGCAGCUCUAACUUUCAAGGGAUCUGAAUUGCAGAUUGAAGUGCAAGAUGAAGUUUUUUCUUCUGAUGAUUUUCUACUUGGUCAAUUCCCCUGUAGCUAAUUGUCAUCAUUAUCACAGCAGUGAUUCAGAUAGUGAUGAGGUAAGAAUGAAUUCUCACCACUUUAGCAGUGAGUCUGACAGUGAUGAGAGAGGCAAUCGUUACCCAGGGCUUUGGCCCAAGCCAUUUCCUCACUGGCCUUCCUUCCCUCUCUGGCCUCUGUUUCCUGGUCUGUGGCCGCAGCCGCCACCUGCUCCUGUCCCACCUCCACCUCCAAUCCCACCACCAAAACCAACCACAACCACAACCCCAAGCCCAACUCCAAACCCAGGCACGCAGCCUCCCCAGACCACCGAGAAUCCACGAGGAGACAAUGGGUGAACGGUGCUGGUCUGAGAGCAGGAACAGCUGAUUGAAUUACUUUACUUUUAUUCUCCAACAGAAAGGGUACUCAGUGAUAUAGAAAUGUAUGCUGUGUCUGUGUAUGUUUGCAUUUAUAUAUGAUUUAGGUGUUUUUUAAAUUUUGAAGUCACUUUUGAAACAGAUUUUAUUGUCUUUUACAAAAAUACAGAUGUAUUUGUUUGCAAGUCUUUACAUUUCAGUAUUGGUUCAGCAGCUUUUCCAUAUUCUUAUGUAUCCCUCUGUUAACCACUUUCAUGCUUGUCACUUUAAAUAUAAUUUUCUCAGCACAAUGUCUUGUUUAACUCUUUUUCACAUCAAAUCAUACCACAGUCCCUAAGAAAAUGUAAAGAAUGUACUGAAAUGUUGUGAUUUGGAAGAUAUAAAAUAGAGAUAGGCAUUUGGUCAAGGUGUGAUUAUGAGUUUUGUAGAAGGUUGUGUCUUGGAGACGCCCGUGGGAGAAUGCUGACGACACACCGCUGUAAUAUCCACUCAGUGGGCACACACUUCACCAUCCCUGGAUCAACAUAGCUUAAGAGAGGGAUGAGCGCUGAGCCUGUAAUACCAGCUCUCUGCUUCAUCAGUGAAGUCUCUCGGACUGUAUUUUUUAUCAUGACUCAGCCUCUUGACCAAUAUGUUCAUUCACUGAGCUGCACUGUCGACUAUGCAUUUAUUCACAAAAGCUUUGUCAAAAACAUGUACCACUGCAAUCUCAUUCUCACUAAUAUACAUACAUAUACAUUUUAAUAUACAACUUAAUCCCAGUUCUUUCGUGUGUCAUGUCUGUGCUCAAUUACUCAUGAAUGUAAUAUUAUUUCCACGUUUGUUGCAAGUUUGUUUGUCAAUGUCAAUUUAACUUGAAAACUUUAUUAAGUAAAAUGUCAACCUGCCAAACAUCAGGCAUAGGCUGGUGCAGGCAAAUACUUUUGAAUCAUGUACUGAACAGUGUUUUUGCAUGUUAUUUGUAAUAAUUAAUUAGUAUUGAUGAUGAAAGUAUGAGGCUUUUUGAAAAAUAAAUUCUAAGUU